AAUUGUCAUCAGUUUUAUACGGAUCAAGCUUAGACAAACAGUAAUCCAAGCGUACAAAUACAUUUUGUGAUUUAUUCCUUUUAUUUGAACGUUUAGUAAAUAUUUAAAAAUAAAAAACAAAAUGAAAACUUCUCUGGCAAUUUUAUUCGCACUAUUUGCUUUGGUUUCCGCCGAAUACAAACUUCGUAAUCAAGAAGAUCUUAUGAAGGCACGUAAAGAAUGCAUGGAAGCUAAGAAAGUCUCACCCGAACUGAUUGAGAAAUACAAGAAAUUCGAUUUCCCUGAUGAUGAAGUCACCCGCUGCUAUAUCGAAUGUAUUUUCGAGAAAUUCCAAUUGUUCGAUUCCAAGGAUGGUUUCAAAAAUGAAAAUCUAAUUGCUCAACUUGGACACGGCAAAGAAAACAAGGACGAAGUUAAGGCUGAUGUUGAAAAGUGUGCCGAUAAGAAUGAACAGAAAUCCGAUUCAUGCGCCUGGGCAUUCCGUGGCUUCAAGUGCUUCAUCAGCAAGAAUAUGCCCUUGGUUAUGGAGAGUUUGAAGAAGAACUAAGGAAAAAGUUUCAUUAUUUUGAAACUUUACUUUAGAUUUUUUUACAUAUGUAUUUAAAAUGGAUUCAAUUGUCAACAUCUAGUAACAACUAUACGAACACAACAGCACAACUGCAAUUGAUAUGCCCGAAUCAUCGACGUCCAACUCUGUGAUUUUUGGCAAAAUACGAUAAUUGAUAUAAACAAUGAUAAAUGGUUAAAUGAAUCAUCUCUUACGUCCCGCAAUCGUCAUUUUUUAUUAUAAUAUGUUUUUUUAUAUUAAAGUGUUAAAAACUUUCGUUAAUUUUAUUAUUAAUAAAAUGCAAUCUCUAUAAAAGAA